AUGGUAGAAUUAAUUUUAGAUAGAAUAACAUUGCAUAAUUCAAUCAGAGGAUUCGACCAAUGCGAUAUGUUAUCUACCAAAUCCAAUCAUGACUCCGACAUCAAGGUAAUUAUAGUUCCUGGUAAUCCCGGUCUCAUUGAAUUCUAUAUAGAGUUUAUGAAAUCGUUGUACGACGGUCUCGGAGCUAAAUAUGACAUUAUCGGAUGUCACUGUGGAAGGAUAGAGGAUCAAUUCUCAGUGGAAGAACAAAUAGUACAUAAAUCACUGUGUUUAGAGUAUCUACUACAGACUAGAUAUCAAUCAAAUAGCAAUAAUAUUAAAUUUGUUUUAAUAGGACAUUCCGUUGGUUCUUAUAUUUCUCUAAAAAUGUUAAAUAGAUAUUCUGAAAAGUUUAGUUUUGUGAAUCAAAUCAAUUUGUUUCCUACAUUUAGAAAUUUAUAUGAAGGAUUGUCACCGUUUAUAAAGGUUGCCAUUCAAGAUGGAUUCCGUUCAUCGCUGGCCAAUUUUGAUAGAAGCACAACACCACACAUUAAUUUAUGCAGAUAUAAACACACAACUCUCACAAUUCAAAAUAAAAUAACUACUACUACUACCACUUAUAGUCGUAAAAGUGUAGUAAAGCACAAUUCAAUUGAACGUGCUGUUUAUCAUGCUGAUAAGAGUAACAGCACCGACAACAAAACAAAAACAACAACAACUCAAUAUUGA